GAAUCAGCCAUCAUUCGGGACGGGGUGUCCGGUGACGGGGCUGCGAAAGGGGAGUCGGCGGCGCGCCGGGCGUUGAGAGAGACUACUACGGAGGUGGGGACGGAGUAAGGGGUUGCGGUGAAGGCAGAGAAUGUUGCUAUCAUUGGAGGUGGCCUUGCCGUAAGUCCUGUCAACUUUCCCUCGAAACACAGAGUGACUGACGAAAUCAUAGGGCAUGACAAUGACCCUCUCACUCCAUGACCUAUCCAUCCCUUGCACAGCUUAAAAAGGGCGGAGCACACACUCCGCCUCAAAAACAUCCAGUGGUGCGCUCAUGCUGUCUCCCAACACCCUGAGAAUCCUGGACCGCUUUGGAGUCCAUGCAAAGCUGCAGGAUAAAGUGUUUCGCUUUCGAAUGGGUCUACUACGAGGAUGCAGACGAACAGACAAUCGACUGUUAUCCCCUCGGCGACGAAGAUAUCUUUGGGUACAAAGCUUUCGGCUUCUACAGCCAGGAGCUCCUCGACAUUCUCUACGAUGCUUGCUUCGAACGGAAAAUUCCCGUUCACUUGAAUAAGAAGCUCACCAAGGUUGUCGAUGAGACAGAUAGCAAGUUGAGAAACUACGUCUCUCCAGAUGCCCAGAAGAAAUUCAUGGGUAUGGCGGCUCUGAUCUGGGAGAUGCCGACCAAACAACUUCGAAUACCUGAGGACAAAGAUGAAAAGUUUAUGGUCAGCGUCAUCACUUCAAAAAUGAUAUUUCUCCUGGCUCCUCAGAAGCCUGAUGGUUCGGCCAUUCUGUCUGGGACACUGUUCAAUAUUGAGGAACAUGGCAGGGAGGGAUGGAUGGAUGGAUGGGAUAAGCUCUUGACCGACAAGAAAGGACUGAUGGAGCGGGUUAGACAGAAUAUGGAUAUCUGGCCCGAUAUAGUCAAGUCCGAGGAAUACCGCCGCGUGGUCGGAUCCCGUCGACGAAUGGACAAGUGUUUGAAGACGCCAUAUCGCUGGCUUUGCUGCUUCCACGUUUCGAGAGAACGGAAGACUGAAGUGGAAAGACGAAUCGACGUUCUGGCAGAGAAUCCGCCAAAACCGCAUCGACGAGCUGCUUGUGCUGUCGAAACAGCUAAACUACACACGUUUGCCUCUUGAGAAGCCGAAGUUGCUUAGCAAGGAUGACUUGUGGACUGAUGAAUCGACGGAGAACCCCAAUCAGAUGGCUCGGAUGUAUGUUCCGGAAAUUAAGAAAAACGCGAAGGCCUGGCGGAUGAUGCUUUAAAGAAGUGAAAUU